AUGUUCCAGGUCGCCUCCCGCCACCACCACGGCGUGCCCGAGCCGCUCAACCUCGCCGGCCUGUCGCACUACCAGUCGCCCGUCGCGCAGAAGCUCAACAUCCCGCGCCGCCUCGCGCGCCCCAGCUUCUCCGAGCCCUCGCGCGACGCCGUCGCCCGCAUCGACCCCGCGCUCGCGGGCGUCCCGAUCGAGUACAUUAGAAAGAUGCUGGCAGGAAACGCCCACUCGAUGAUCGCGGCGCUAUCGCUCCUGACCAUCCCGAGCGCGCUGCCCUGCGCACACCUCCCCCCGACGCUCGACGCGCCGAUCCGCCCGAGCAGCCAGACCCCCGACCUUGCCGCCUUCCCCACACACGUCCUCGCCAUUCUCUCCUCGCGCUCCUCCUCCGCGACGCCCACCGUCGCGUCAUUCGCGGACAAGGGCUCGCUCCCGCCCUCCACUACCAUCCCGCUGUACCCCGCGUCCGCGCUCGUACUCGCCGCGCACUGCUCCCUCCUGCCCCCGCUCCCACAAGGGCUGCCCGCGUCCGGCCGCCGCGCUGCGCUCACGCUCCCCGUCGUCCCGCUCACGAUCCCAAGCCCCGAAACGUUCGCGCUCCUGCACGCGUACCUGCACACGAUGCGCCCCGACACGCUCCUCGCGUCCCUCCUCCCCGCACUCGCAGCAGCACUCCCGCACAUGCCCGCGGCCGGCUCGAGCGCGGCGCCCCCCGCCGGCAAGCUCGUAUACGUCGCACAGUUCAGCUCGGAGCGCCUGCUGCGGCUCGCGCACGCCCUCGCGGGGGCCGCGUUCCAGAGGGGCGGGCCGCAGGGCGCGAUGGGCGGGCUCAUGGCGCACGUGAAGCUGAUCAACGGGCUGUGGCAGAACGUGUGCGCGCUGGGCGUGUUCGACGCGGAGCUGUGGGGCGUGCUCGACCUCGCGUGGGAGGUCGUGCUCGCGGCGAUGACCCAGGUUGCUGAAAACCGGUAG